AUGCCAUAUUUUUCAAAAGGAUUACCUGUCUACAACAAAAGCAAUUUUAGCAGAUUUCAUGCUGAUUCUGUGUGCAAAGCCUCGAAUAGAUGGCCUUCAGUCUAUCUCCCUACAAGAGAACAGAUUAUUGUAACAGAAAAGACAAACAUUCUUUUACGUUAUCUUCAUCAGCAAUGGGACAAAAAGAAUGCUGCAAAGAAGAGAGACCAGGAACGAGUAGAACUAGAAGGUGAGAGUUCCGAGCCCCCCCGAAAAAUCGCCAGGACAGAUAGCCAGGACAUGAACGCAGACACUUUAGGACUCUUGCUUUCUGACAACUUGUUUGCAGUUUACUCUUCUGUGAAUAAUUUCCAUUGGUCAACAUUAUUCAAGUGUAGCAUGCAGGCUGAGCUAUCUAUCCCUCCAGAAAUGGUCAGUGUAGAUGCCUGUGGCAUGUGCCUUGUUGCAAAUCUCUUUCAGUCCUUGGGUGCUGACCUACCUCUGCUGCUGCUGCUGCUGCUGCUGCUGCUGCACACCCCUAGAGAGUCUCCUUCUCCAGUGUUCCUUUAUUUCUCUAUCCAUCUCCUCAAGCUGCUGUGGGCUUGA